AUUUUACCCUUGGUUUUCUUAAAUCUAAGAUGCCAGAACCGGCAAAAUCCGCGCCCGCCCCGAAGAAGGGCUCCAAGAAGGCUGUGACUAAGGCCCAGAAGAAGGACGGCAAGAAGCGCAAGCGCAGCCGCAAGGAGAGCUACUCGGUGUACGUGUACAAGGUGCUCAAGCAGGUGCACCCGGACACGGGCAUCUCGUCCAAGGCCAUGGGCAUCAUGAACUCCUUCGUGAAUGACAUCUUCGAGCGCAUCGCGGGCGAGGCGUCGCGCCUGGCGCAUUACAACAAGCGCUCGACCAUCACGUCCCGGGAGAUCCAGACGGCCGUGCGCCUGCUGCUGCCUGGGGAGCUGGCCAAGCACGCGGUGUCUGAGGGCACCAAGGCCGUCACCAAGUACACCAGCUCCAAGUAAAUUCAAGAAGGACAAACAAGCCUUAGACAUGUCUUUUUCCACCACGGGUCACUGCUGGACGCUGGCAUCUCAAAACCCAAGAAAUGGGAGACAUUAG